AUGUAUUCCUGUGGUAAAUUAGCACCUGAAUACAUUAUGAUUCGUAUCCGAUUUCAUGUACCAUGGUUUCCAAGCGAAUACGAAACAUUUUGGGAUAUAAUUGAUGUGAAGAAAUAUCAUACGAUAAAUGAUGUUCGAAAAUAUUUUCAUGAGCGACAAAUGCAAAUUUCGACAUUGUAUGAUCUAAAAUUACCUAAACGUACCAAAAAAUUACAUUAUAUAAAACUAUUAAUGAAUGAAUGUGUAUUGUCACCCUUUAUCAGUUCAAAUGUACUGCGAGAUGAAGAUGAAAUUUAUGUACAGCUGGAAUCUAACGCUGAGAAUCAGUGGCUACUUUGUCAACCAGUUGCGUUAAGAAAAAAGUCAAUGAUAAAUAACGGUAAUCAUGUUGCUCAUGCAAUACCAGAACAACAAAAAGAUAUUGAUAAUCCUAGCUCAGCAAAUGUCCCUUCGAUUCUGGAAAGUCGUCAUGAAGAAGUAUCAGCAUCUGCAAUGAAUGAAAAAAUGGAAAUAGUUUAUACCGAUAGUAUUGAUACGGAUGUAAUUCAUCCAUUAACAAAUGCCGAAAAACAAGAACAUGCUUUACAUGAUAUUCUAAGAAACAUUGCUGAAAAUUCCGGAGACGAUGAAACAUAUCCGACUCAUCAGAAACAGCCUUACAGAAGUAAAAAUUUUAAUUAUGACGAUGUUCGAAUAUAUUUUGGACGCAAAAAAGGAAGAGCAAUGCCACCGAAACCACCGAUAAUCUCUGCUAAAUCUCGUGUUUAUGAGGUCCUAAAACUGAAAUUAAUACCCUCCCACUUUCUCAUUAUAGGUCAAUUCAUUUAUCCCUCGACAAUUGCUGACACGACCAACAAAACAGGACAAUAA